AUGAGUUUUGCUGACUCGACCCAAGACUGUCAACUGGCAUCGUUUCUGUUCUUGACCGGGGAAUGCAUUGCGACGCCCGUAAAUGAUCCGCAAAUGGCCCAAGAGCACAUCAUCGAGGCAGGCGUCCCGGGAUUGGCUGAUAUCUACCCAGAGACAUACUUGGAUCAUGAAGUCGCUUAUGACAAACUCUACGAGGGUCGAAUGCGUGUGAUCAUCGAUCGAUAUUUAACCGUGCUCACGUCGGCUCGUUUGCACAUUAUGAGAUGUGCUUUGCAUGGACUCUUGUACCCACCGAAACGAGAGAAAAGAUGCAUGGAGGAUGAGCAAAUGCCAAAAGUUGCUCGUCCAAUGUCAUGCCCGAUGCCGUUGUGCCGAAAACCGUAUCCGAAGUGCGCGAUCUGCUUGCGGGGCUAUGGUACACCGGUUGUCGGCUAUGAUCACCAUAUGGGACAUGCGGCUGCUCAUGCGUUUGCUUUUGCUUGG